GAUAUUAAACACUUCUUACACAAGUGCAGUGACGCUGAUUCAUAAAUUUUUAAACCAAUUUAGAGGCUUGUAGUGUUUGUUUGUACCAUAAAUAUAAAAUUAAAACCAUUAAAGUAGAAUUUUAAUACUUACAUAAUGAGUUUUCUUACAUUUUAUUCGCAUUGAAUCUUCUACAUUCUCUGGUGUAUUAUAAUAGAAUAGAUAAAGUAUAGAUUAUGAAUGAAGAAAAGAAAGUUGAACGAAAGAGAAAACGGUUUUCUGCACGCCUGAAAAGCUCAAAAGGGAUUAUAUGCACUGAUACACCCGGCCCUAACAUAGUAUUAUGUAAUUCCGGUCAAGCCACCGGCUUGGAAAAAUCAUUUAUAGUUAAACUCAUCAAGAGUUUGUCAUCUGAUAUACAAGUUCCUAAGUUCAUAGCUGAGAAAGGAGAGUCACACUCAUAUUUACUGUUCAGCACAACUAAAAAUGCUAUUUUAUUCUAUAACACUUUUAAUGGCAAAGCCAAAAUUGAUGAAAAUGGUACACCUCUCUAUAUGAGCUUUGUUGAAAGAGUACCAAAUAACGAAUUUAUAUGUCAGCAUGAUAACCCUCAAGGGUUGUUUCUAUUGGACAACUUUAUUUCAAUAGAAGAAGAAGAGCAUUUGAUAAAAUACUUUGAUUGGGAUGAGGAUAUAGUGUCUAGCAAUCUGAAGAACCGCCAAGUGAAGCAUUAUGGAUAUGAGUUCAGAUAUGGCACUAAUGAUGUCGAUCUCAACUGUCCUCUAGCAGAGAAAAUACCAGAUGUAUGCGAUGUGCUCUGGACGAGAUUAAAGGAGCAUGGGUUCGAUGUUGGUGUACCUGAUCAGUUAACAGUCAAUAAAUACAAGCCUGGACAAGGUAUACCGUCACAUGUGGAUCGUCACAGUCCAUUUGGCGAUACAAUAUUGUCGCUCUCCCUCGGCUCUGCAGUGGUGAUGGAUUGGAGACAUCACAGCGGCAAAACUGUGCCUGUUUUGGUGGAGCGGAGAUGUUUAUUGAUCAUGAAGGAUGAAGCCAGGUAUGACUGGCAGCAUGGUAUACAACCACGCACAUGGGAUCCCAUCAUCGAAACACGAUCAGUACAAAUGGGAAAUAAUGACAAACUCAUCAAAGUGGUCACUAGUGAUACGGUGGCGAGAGAAACUAGGAUAUCCUUAACGUUCCGAUGGACUAGAUCGGGUCCAUGCCAGUGUAACUUUAAAACAUUAUGUGACAGUGUGGAAAAAGGCAAUUCUAAUGAUAUAGAAGAUGAAUUAGCGUCAAAUUUGGAGGAAUUGCAUGUACAUAAGGUCUACGAACAAAUAGCGGGCCACUUUAGCACGACGCGGCAUAAGCCAUGGCCGAAAGUAGUGGAGUUUCUAGAGGGUUUGCCCCCGGGAGCUGUGUUGCUGGACCUUGGCGCUGGCAACGGGAAGAAUAUAUUGCGGAGAAAUGAUAUUUUACAGAUAGCCGGCGAGCGUAGCAGUGGUCUUCUUAAUGAAUGCAAACAGUAUACGCAAAGCAUCCCUGGUGCAGACUGUUUGCGUCUCGAUUUGUUAUACCCCGGGUUAAAGCAUUCAUGCGCGGAUGUCGUCAUAUGUAUCGCUGUUAUUCACCAUUUUAGUAGCAAGGCGAGAAGAUUACAAGCGAUUUGUGCAAUAUCCAAUCUGUUACGGCCAGGCGGACGCGCGCUUAUCACCGUCUGGGCGAAGGAUCAAACUAGGUCAAAUUACCUUUGCAAGUCCAAACAGAGCCAAACAGAAAACGAGCACCUCAUAACAGUUGGUGGUUUAGACUUGCCCAUCCACGAAAACAGAACCCAAUUCCAACAUAACGACUUACUAGUACCGUGGAAACUUAGGAAUAUUAGUGGAAAUAAACUUUCGGACAAGCCGGAAAGCACAUUGUUAAGAUAUUAUCACGUUUUCGAAGAAGACGAGUUAAGUAACUUAUGCAAAGAAGUACCAGGCUUGUAUGUGAUUAGUAGUUUUUAUGAAGAAGGCAACUGGUGUGUUGUAUGUGAAAAAAAUAUAACAAUUUAAAUAUAACAUUGUACUUUA